AUGGAAUAUUUAAAAUUGUGUUUUUAUUUAUUUUUUUUUUAUUUUGUAAUGGAACAAAUACAACAACAACAACAACAACAACAACAACAACAACAACAACAACAACAACAACAACAACAACAACAACAACAACAACAACAACAACUACAACAACAACAACAACAACAACAACAACAACAACAACAACAACAACAACAACAACAACAACAACAACAAAAUCCAAAAAUGAAUAAUCAACCAAAUGAAACCAGAUUGCCAUCUCCACCAUUAUUAAACUCUACUGUUCCAAAAAAUGAAUUAAAUAUUAAUCAUCACCAUCAACAUAAUUAUAAAAUCAACUCUGCACCUCUAAAAGCAAGCCAACAUGCCAAUGAAUAUGAUCAUAAUGAAGAAUCUUUAAAUUCCAGUAAUAACAAUAAUAAUAAUAAUUUUAAUAAUUCUCGUCCAACAUUUUCUUCCUGCUCUGGAAAUUCAAAUAAUACAACAACAACAACCACAACAACAACAACAACCAAUCCAAUCAAUGGUUCAGUUAAUUCUAAUGUCACUACAACAAGUAUUAAUACAAUUCAUCAAAAAUUUAUCACUCAAUUAAAACAAAGAUUAGGAAAAGGUAUUGAUUAUAAUAACUAUAUUAAUAAAUUAAAAAAUAUUAAUAAUAUUAACAAUAUUUCUAAAUUAAUUAAUCUAUCUUCUCAACCUGAUGCAAUUGGAAAAAAUAAUAAUUUAAUUUCAAACACUGGUCCAGUGGCUGAAAUGUAUGAUGAUGAAGAAUUUGAUGAAUUUGAUGAAGAAGAAGAUGAUGAUAUCUCUGCUCAAAAAUUAGUUGGAAUUCUCUCUAGGGAAAGUAGUAGUAGUAACCUAUCCAGUAUUGCUCCAUCACCAUUAUUACAACAACCAAAUUGUUUGCCGUCUCCAUUCAUAAAUGGUACUCCACUAUUAUCAAACCAUAGUAAUAACAACAAUAAUAAUAAUAAUAACCACCACCAUCAUCAUCACCACCACCACCAAAAAAGAUUAUCAAUUGGAUCAAUGGAUUCAACAAAUCACUUAACCCCACUGCCAUUAUUACAUAAACAUACAAACAAUAAUAAUAAUAUCAAUAAUAAUAAUAAUCAUAAUCAUAAUAAUAUAUUAGGUUCACCCAACCAACUUAAUAGAUCACAAGAUUUUACAUCUAAAAAUAAUAAUAUUAAUAAUAAUAAUAAUAAUAAUAAUAAAAUAAUUAAUGAAGAAAAUUGUAAUAAAGGAUCACCAAAUCAAAACUCGAGUGAAAAUAAUAGUGAAGAAGAAAAUGAAUAUCAUGGUGGUGAAGAAGGUAAUGUUUAUUCAGUUUAUGAUUUAAAUUCUCCAUAUUUUAAUGAAAGAAAACAAAGAGCUUUAUCAAAUAAUAAAUCACAACAACCACCACAACAUGUUCCAACUCCAUGUACAUAUAAUGAUUGCUGUAUUUGUGCCUAUGGUCCACCACCAUCAUUUUUUACAUCUGCGCCAACAUGGGCUGAUAUUUGCUAUAUUGCUUUAUACUGUUUAACCUUAUCAAGACCCGAAGUUAAAUAUUACCAUAUAAAGAAAGAUAUUUGUACUUUUAUCGACUGCCAUUAUGAAACUAUUUGUAUGAGAAAACGUACUUCAAUCUGGAGACAAACUGUAAAUAUGACAUUAUCACAUCCACAAUACUUUGAAAUGUUUCAACAAGAAAGUGCUCUUGAAAAUGGUAGAAAAGGAUACUAUGGUCUAAAACAAAUUCAUGAUCCAUAUGAACACACCGCUCUCAAUAAAAGAAGUAGAAGAAAGAGAAGACAUGAACAAAAAAUGAUUCAAGAAGAAUUAAAAAAGAAUGGUUUCACAAAUUUAUUAUUAAAUUCACCUUCUAUAGAAAAUAAUGAUCAACACCAUAAUGGUUAUAUUCAAUCAUAUAAUAAUAAUAGUAAUCAUAAUAAUAAUAAUAAUAAUAAUAAUAAUAAUAAUAAUAAUAACAGUAAUAAUAAUAAUAAUAAUAAUAAUAAUAAUAGUAAUAAUAAUAAUAAUAAUAACAUUAAUAAUAAUAAUAUUAACAAUAACAAUAAUAAUAAUAUUUUAACUUCACCAAUUCAACAUCAUCCACAUUCACACCAACAACAACACCACCAACAACAAUUACAACACCAACAACACCAACAACAACAAUUGCUACACCAACAACAUCAACAAUUGCUACACCAACAACAUCAGCAACAAUUACAAAUACAGUAUCAACAACAACAAACUCAUAAUAACAAUUUAAAUCAAACUCAACAAUUAUAUUAUAACCACCAUCAUCAUCAACAACAACAACAACAACAACAACAACAACAACAACAUAACAAUAAUAAUAAUAAUAAUAAUUCCAAUCAUAAUUCUGUAUUAACAUCACCUCCAUUAUCACAAUUUCCAAAAACUCCACUACAAUUAUCACAGACACCGCAACACUCACUCUCAGCACUAUCAUCACCAUUCCUUAAAACUCUAACCAUUGAAGAUGAGGACGAUUCAUAUAAUGGCCAAGUUCAUAAAAAAUUAAGAAGUGCCAAAUUAACCUCUGUCAAUUCAAUAAACUCAAAUAGUGGAAUGUCAUUACCAAUGAUUAGUAGUCCAUCACCAAAUUUAAGUCAUAUGCAAAAGAAUAGACCAAAUUUCGAUGAUAUAUUAAAUAGCUCACUUUCUUCAAGUAAUACUACUAAUUCAGCAACAACUUCAUCAUCAAAUUCAAUUCUUUCAAACUCACUAUCAAAUAUAUCCAAUAGUAGUGGUGGAAGUGGUGGCGUUUGUAUUAGUGAAGAUUAUGAAUCAAAUAUUCAAAGAAGAAAAAGCUUAAAUAACAUUGUUUUAAAUAAAACAAAUAAAAAUAUCUUGCCAAAACUUGAUGAUGAAUGUGAUGACGAAGAUGACUUUCAUUUUACAGAAAAUGAAAGAGAAGUACCAGUUUCAAAUUUAAAGAGUAGUUCCUUUAUUAUUAAUAAAAAUAAUAUAAUUAAUCAACAAAACUAUAAUGAAAAUAAUAACAAUAACAAUAAUAACAAUAAUAAUAAUUAUAAUAUUAAUAAUAUUAAUAAUAACAAUAAUAACAACUUUGAUGAUGCUGAUGAUGAAAAUGAGUUUGAAAAUAAAGAUAAUAUUAAUAAUAAUAAUAAUAAUAAUAAUAAUAAUAAUAAUAAUAAUAAUAAUAAUAAGAACGAUAAGAAUGAAAGUGAAUUUGAAUCAAAAGAAAAAUUAAAUUCACCAUUUGGGUCAUCCAUACCAAAUAUUGUAAAUAAUGAACAAUUAUCUCCAUAUUCUCAACAAAGUUUAUCCUCUUCCUCAUCUGAAAAUCCAUCACCACAAUGGUCAACCAAUGGUCCUUCUCAAACUUCUUCUUCAAAACUCUCAAACUCGACCUCAACACUAAUUAAUAAUAAUAACAAUUCAAUGUCUAUUAUGAGUAUCAAUAGUAGUGGAAAUAGUAUUAAUAAUACAACAACCUAUAAUAAUAAUAAUAAUUUUAUUAAUAAUAAUAGUAAUAAUAAUAAUAAUAUGGAAAUUGAUGAUGAUGAUGAAGAUGGUAUUGAUGGAAUUGAAGGUGAAGAUGAUUCAAAAAAGAGAAUGAGAAAAACAACUCGACCUGAUGAAAAGAUUUAUUUAGAGAUUUAUUAUCAACAUUUUUAUGAAAACAAUGGAAAACAUUCAAAAGAUGAACUAAUUACACUUUCCAAUAAUUUGAAUUGGAAAGUAAAUAGAAUUCAAAGAUGGCUUGAUAAUCGUAGAACUAAAGAUAAAUUAAAAAAUCUUCGUGUCUCUCAAGAGAGAACUAUUUCAUUUGGUGCCAGUUCAACAUCAUCAACUCAAACGUCAACCAAUUCUCCAUCAAGUCAAUUAUCUCCAUUAGUACCAAAUAUGAACAAUAAUGAUCAACAAUCAAUUUCAACACCUUCCCUUAUUUUAUCUCAAAUUAAUAAUAAUCAAAAUAAUAAUCAAAAUAAUAAUAAUAAUAAUAAUACUAACAAUGCUGAUGUUACACUUAUUAGCAAUAAUAAUGUACCAAAUACACCAAUUAUGGCUAACACUCAAUCAAACAUUAAUUCAUUAUUAAAUUAA